AGAGUGGAAGGGACAGGGGCAGGCUCAGCUGGUGGGGGUGGGGGUGCCUCUUAUAUAAGGGGCUGCCUGCAUGAAGGACUUCCAGCAGCGGCUUCCCCUCCUCUGGGCCGGGAUCAUGGAACUCCCCCUUCUGUGCGCGCUGGUGAUGUUUGCUGGUGUAACUCCAACCCAGGGCGGGAUUCUGAACCUGAACAAGAUGGUCAAACAAGUGACCAGGAAGACACCCAUCACCUCCUAUUGGUACUACGGCUGUCACUGUGGACGUGGUGGAAAAGGCCAACCCCUCGAUGCCACGGACUGGUGCUGCCAUGCUCAUGACUGCUGCUAUCGUCACCUGAAGCUCCACCACUGCCAUUACUUCAGGGACCAUUACAACUACACCUUUUCCCAGGGGGACAUCCAGUGCUCUGACAAAGGGAGCUGGUGUGAGCAGCAGCUGUGCGCCUGUGACAAGGAGGUGGCCUUCUGCCUGAAGCGUCAGCGGGGCACCUACCAGAAGAAGCUGCGUUUCUCCCGUUUCUCCAGGUCCCGCUGCAAGGGACAAACCCCUCUGUGCUAGAAGAAGCCUGCCCGGCUGUCCCACCCUCCCUACCCGGGUCCUCAGAAGUCCCACGGGAUUGCUGACACCCCUGUCCCAGAAGUAACCAACCCCCUAAAGCAGCCUGGCUCCCUUAACACCCCCCCAGGGCGCGCGAGAGUCAGCCUCUCCUCCACCACCCGCCUGCCUCUUGGACCUUCUAAAAUAAA